GGCCCAUCGGAGGAAAGGAUACAUACGCAUAUAAACCCUAGUCAUUAUAAUCGCGAAGCUUAGGGUUUGCAUCUUUGCAGAGUUUUAGGCAGCGGCUGCUUUAGCAGAAGCCAGAAGGAGCGAGAGAGAGCGCAGGACAACCUUCGUCGCCGUCACCAUGGGUCGUAUGCACAGUCGAGGUAAGGGUAUUUCUGCUUCUGCUCUGCCAUACAAAAGAACCCCGCCGAGUUGGCUCAAGAUCUCUUCUCAGGAUGUCGAGGAGAACAUCUGCAAGUUCGCCAAGAAGGGUCUGACUCCUUCCCAGAUUGGCGUCAUUCUUCGUGACUCUCAUGGUAUUGCUCAGGUCAGGAGUGUGACUGGCAGCAAGAUCCUUCGUAUUCUCAAGGCAAAUGGUAAUUUUCUCUGCUUUGUGGUUACGAAAGGGGAUUAUUAGUCUACUAGAUUGCCUGAUGUGUAGGAUGAGUUGAAUAGUUUGAAGACCCAGUCCUUAAAAUAGAGCCAUUAGUUGGUGUUGUGGAAACGUUAGAGACGUUAAGGUGACAAUGAGCAUAUGCCUGAAUUUGGCAGGUUAUCUGUGGUGGUAGAGAAAUUGGGCGGCAGACCGAGUUUAAUGCUUUCCAUUUUACUGUAAUGACAGAUUAUUUGUGGUUUCUAUUGACAUUGGUUUUCCAUGGUCUUUCUUUUAAUGUAGGGCUGGCCCCUGAAAUCCCCGAGGAUCUUUACCACCUGAUCAAGAAGGCUGUUGCCAUCAGGAAGCAUUUGGAGAGGAACAGGAAGGACAAGGACUCCAAGUUCCGCCUGAUUCUUGUCGAGAGUAGAAUUCACAGGCUUGCCCGUUACUACAAGAAGACAAAGAAGCUUCCCCCAGUCUGGAAAUACGAGUCAACCACUGCUAGCACUCUCGUGGCUUAGGCAAUCCAUGUUUGCCCUCAAAGUUUUGCUGAAGGGGUGCUUUCUCGUCGAGUCUUCUUCGAUCAGGGGAAGGGAAGAGUAAUCUUGAGAGCCAUGAACUCCUUUUUUGGGUUUGAUGUUAGAUUGGAUUUAAUUUGUCUUUUCGGUUGAAUGUACCCUGUGGCUCCGAAGUUUUAGAAAACAAAUUAUUAUCCAAAGCGGUUGGUACUUUUUAAUCAUGUCGAGUUGUAGAACCAAUUAAAUUCUGCAUUUCUUGUUUAGUUGUUUGUGUGUAUUCCCAUAUUAUGCAGUCUCUCUGAUCCCUGCCCCGGGCGAUAAUGCUCGAUUGCUCCUCUCUUCGUGGAUGAUUUGGUUACUUCUUUCAUGUCUCUUGUUGAUUGGUUUAACACAUUGUUUCAUGGUUCUAUUUGUUGGAGAUGAUAAAAUCCGUAAUGCAGUGAUACCCCUGAAUUGAUAAAUGAAGAGCUUGGUGUAGUGU